CAGCCGGCCCUGGCCCGUCCCGCCGCUCGUCCCCAGCCGCUCUCAUCAGGGUCUGACGUCCCAGUACGGUCUGGAGGUCCCAGACCCGAGCAUCGUUUCUGGGGAAACGGGCGGCGGCGGUUUCUUUCCUUUCCUGCCGCCUCCAGUAGCAGAUGAGGAAACUGAGGCAGGGCAGCUGCAGCUCAAGGUCACCAGCAGCCCCGAGGGAGGGCAGAGCUACCGCCAACCCCCCCCCCCUAAAGUUUCCAGACAGCGACUUCUCGCUUGGUUGACUCACUUCCAAAGCCGGGCGUCAGGCCCUGAGGGUGCUGCCCCCACCCCCUGAGAGAGGAGGGUCUCUCCCUGUAGGGGUGGGGUGGGGGGCUCACCUGCCUUACGCAUCCUCUUUACAGGAGUGGGGGCAUGCCAGUCCCCACCCUCCGAGAGGGCUUGGGGGGCUUGCCCGAGCUCAGGCACAAAGCAAGUGGCAUGCCUCAAUGUCCCUGCCCGUGUGGUGGCAUGGCGGGCCACAGGCUCCUCCUCCUCUCCACGCUGGCCCUGGAACUCCUGGCAGGGGCUGGGGGCUCCCAGGCAGCCUUCUGGGGCCAGGGGGCUGCAGCCUGUCGCCUGGACGACAAAGAGAGCGAGUCCUGGGGGACGCUGCUGAGUGGGGAGAGGCUGGACACCUGGAUCUGCUCCCUCCUGGGCUCGCUCAUGGUGGGCCUCAGCGGGGUCUUGCCCCUGCUCGUCAUUCCCCUGGAGAUGGGCACUGCUCUGCGCUCAGAAGCUGGGGCCCGGCGCCUGAAGCAGCUGCUCAGCUUCGCCCUGGGGGGCCUGCUGGGCAAUGUGUUUCUACACCUGCUGCCCGAGGCCUGGGCCUACACAUGCAGUGCCAGCCCCGACGGUGAGGGGCAGCGUCUACAGCAGCAGCAACAGCUGGGGCUGUGGGUCAUUGCUGGCUUCCUGACCUUCCUGGUGCUGGAGAAGGUGUUCGUGGAUGGCAAGCAGGAGGGCCCAGGCCAGGCCCCCAGCAAAGACCCCACUGCUGCCGCCCCUGCACUUAACGGAGGCCACUGUGUGGCCCAGCCUGGCCUACAACCCAUCCGUAGCAGCAAAGUCAGUGGCUAUCUCAACCUGCUGGCCAACACUAUAGACAACUUCACUCACGGGCUGGCGGUGGCUGCCAGCUUCCUCGUGAGUAAGAAGAUCGGGCUGCUGACCACGAUGGCCAUCCUCCUGCAUGAGAUCCCCCACGAGGUGGGCGAUUUUGCCAUCCUGCUCCGGGCAGGCUUUGACCGGUGGAGCGCCGCCAAGCUGCAGCUCUCCACGGCCCUGGGGGGCCUACUAGGGGCCUGCUUCGCCAUCUGGACACAGUCCCCCAAGGGCGCAGAGGAGACUGUGGCCUGGAUCCUGCCCUUCACCUCCGGGGGCUUCCUCUACAUCGCGCUGGUGAACGUGGUGCCGGACCUCCUGGAGGAAGAGGACCCCUGGCACUCCCUGCUGCAGGUGCUCCUGCUGGGCACGGGCGUCGUGGUGAUGGUGCUCUUCUCCCUCCUGGCCGACUAGCCCGCUGGACACCCCACCCCCAGAGCAAUAAGAGACUUGGGCUCAUUCUGUGACCACGUGUGAGAGAGUGGGCGCGUGCGGGAGGACACACCCCAGCCAGACAGGCGGGCGGGAGGCAGUGGGGUGUGGCGUGUGCACGUGUACUCUGCAGAGGUGCGUGCGUGUGUGUGUGUGUGUGUGUGUGUGAGACCGACACUGUGAUCCCACGUGUGCUAGGCUUGGAGCCACACCUGGCCUCCGGCGCCUGUCAGUGAUCACCUCCCCAGGGAGGUGCACAGCAGGGGGUCCUGCAGCGGGACCCAUUGGGACCUCAAGGGGAGGCCUGUGCUGCAGGGAGCCCCACAGCUGGCCAGCCACCUGCGAGGGUUCAAGUCUUGAGAGCAGAAGACUCUCUGCUUCUGAGCACAGGUUCUGGGCAGUGAAGGGGCAAGGCCAGGUGGGUGCCUGCGUUGCUGCUCCCAGCCAGCCACCACCUCCAAGGCCUUCCCCUUGGUGGCCCAAGAAGAGAGAGGAGGCCGGUGCUCACGCGAACCCCCAGCCCGCUCCGCUCGUCACCCCCUCGGCCAGCGCCUGGGUCCCAGCCAGGGCUCCCUGCCAGCACCUACCGCUCCGGCCACCUCCGGCUGCCAAACAGAGGCCCGGGCCAGAGACCAGCGCAGCAGGCACCAGCCGAGACACUCCUGCCAGCGGCUGGGGCCCAGCACACCCACCAGGCCACCCUCUGUCAGCGCUCAGGAAUGUGUGCCUCCUCCGGGAGAAAGCUGAAGCCACAAUCCCCAGCCAUUUCCGUUGGCGGGCGCCCAGGGACUCAGCUGGCCCACUCUGGGCGGCUCAAGCUCGGCUGGUCCCAGGGGUCGGUUCUCAGAAGUGGCCUUCAAGAGGGGCUUUUAUAGCAAUUCUACUUGUAAAUAACUGUUAGAAGAGAUGCAAAUAAAUACCACCCACGA